AUGCAGUUGACAUCACGCAGUCCUCGAAUCGAAGCACAACGUUAUAAUCUUCAUGUUGUUCAACAUUCCGUGCCAUUUCCUGUUGGCAAUGCUACUGAUUCCAUAGCUAUGGGUAUUAAUUCAUUUGGCAUCGGAGGCAACAAUGCACAUGCUAUUGUUGAAGAAUAUCAACCAAUUAUUACACCCAUCAUUGAUGGGCAUACAUAUGGUCAUCAUAAUGGAGAUGAACGAGAAAAUAAGCGUAGGGAAUACUAUCUUCGGAGUGUAUUGUUUUAGCAGGUUAUAAGACGUGUUCGAUGCGACGUUGU